UUGAUUCUGCAUGUGGUUGUGACUUGCAGGUGGGGUAAGAAGCUCAUUAUUGUGGCCUCCCAGGACAUGCGCUACCGGGCCUUAAUAGGACUGGAGGGGGAUCCUGACCUGAAGCUUCCUGAUUUUUCCUACUGCAUUUUGGAGCGCUUAGGCCGGUCCAGGUGGCAAGGAGAGCUGCAGCGAGACCUUCACACCACCGCUUUCAAGGUCGACGCUGGGAAGCUUCAUUAUCACAGGAAAAUUCUCAACAAGAACGGGCUCAUUACAAUGCAGUCACAUGUGAUCCGACUACCUACUGGAGCCCAGCAACACUCCAUCCUCCUGCUUCUGAACCGCUUUCACGUGGACAGGAGGAGCAAGUAUGACAUCCUCAUGGAGAAGCUGUCUAUGAUGCUGAGCACACGGAGCAACCAGAUUGAGACUCUGGGAAAGCUGAGGGAGGAACUGGGGCUGUGUGAAAGGACAUUCAAGCGUCUGUACCAGUACAUGUUGAAUGCUGGGCUGGCCAAGGUGGUGUCCCUUCCCUUGCAGGAGAUUCACCCUGAGUGUGGUCCCUGUAAGACCAAGAAAGGUAAGAACAGUGCCUGUGUCAGGCUGUAUUUCCCUGCUGUCAUCUUCGGGGACACUGCCUAGGACACUCUAUUCAGUUCUUUAUUGCUGAGUGCCUUCAUCUAAAAAGGACCUGACAAGUGCUCACUGAACUCCAGCAGCCCUGCGCAGACUCCUGGGAGGCUGCCUCCCCGCCUUCCCUUCUACACCAAGCCCUUCUUCGUUCUU